UGCUGUAAUUGCAUUUAAAUUUUGUGUGAAGCCGAUAUAAAGGACAAGUACACACGAGUUCCAAAGAAUUUUACCUGAAUAAAAAUACGACAAAAAUCAAUAUAUAUAUACCUAUUUAAAAUUAUUCGGUCGUGGAAUAAAUAUAUUGAUGAAGUAAAUUAACAAUUAACUGACAAGUGUGUAUAUGAGGUUUCAAAAUGGCGCAGACAGCUCUAAAGACGUGUGAAAUUUGUGUGAGUUCCGCUGGAACAAAAUACUGCACCACAUGUGAACAAUUUUUCUGUGAUAACUGCAAAGCUAUGCACAACAGACAAAAGAUUUCCAAAGAUCACACAUUUAAAGAUAGUGUAAACGUUGUACAGGGUAUCAAAACAACAACAUCUAAGUGUAAGGAGCAUAAAGAAGACACGAUUUUUGUCUGUAAUGACUGUUAUGUGUCGGUAUGUUCAAAAUGCAUUACAGGUAAACAUAAUGGACAUAAACUGUCUGAUAUUGACGAAUCGGUGUCAAGUCUAACUAAAGUAACAAGAACUGAAAUCCGUACAAUAUUAGAUGCUGCAGCUAGUAAUGUUACUGUUGUAGAAAAAAGUCUUAAGAAAUUUGAUUCGGAAGUAGAAGUAUCUGUUAAAGCAAUUCAAGAACAUGGCAGCAAAUUGAAAAAGUUAAUUGACCGGGAAGUCGACGAAAUGGUCGUUACUACAAAAAAGAAAGCCAGUGUGGAGAAAGAACGAGUAAGAAAGAUUCUUACAGAUGUCAGGACUGUUCUUGAAAAGGCAUCAGUUUUAGAACAAAAACAGAAUGAAUUACAGAAAAACAAAAAUGAUUCGUCAACUUUACUUUCUAAGCUUCUUAUUCUAGCUGGGGAAAUUGAAAAACUUCAAACAAUACAUUUUGUAGCAGGUCCAACUAGUUCAUACAAACCAGGAGUAACAACAAAUAAUUAUUUGACUGAACUCCUCGGAAAAAGUGAUUUUAGUGAGACGCAUGUUACUUAUAUUGAAGGUGGAUCUAGAAUGCACAUCCUGACAAAAGAUACCACACAUGGACAUUUAUAUCAAUGCAGAUGCGGACAUGAAAUGAUUUCUCCAUCACAGUGA